AUGCCAGAUUCCGCACAUGUAUUUAUGGAAAAUGUUUUUCAUUUAACGGGAUAUUUGCAUCGAUUACUUUUUCUUAUGAAAGAACUUGAUAUAAAAGAACAUGAAAUUAGCAAAACUAUUGAAGAAAAAGAAGAAAUUUAUUUAGAAAAUUUAAAUUAUAUUCAUAAACAAAAUAUAAAAAAUCAGUCUACAUAUAACCAAAAUUAUGCCUCCAAUGAACAUUUAAAUAAAAAUUAUUAUUCAAUCAAUCAGCAAUUAGCAAACGAAAAUAAUCACGAAACUCAUAAUAAUAAUAAAAACUCUCUAAAUUCUAAUAUCAUAGAUUCUGAAAAAAAUAAUGAAUAUAAAAGUGAUAAUAAGAACAUCCAUACAGAUAAACUUUCGAAGAGAGAAGAGAAUCUGAAAUUAGAAAUUCAACAUGAUUAUAAUAAAAUAAAUGACGAUUUUGAAACAGAAUAUAUGGAUAAUGAAAUUUUAAAAAAAAAUAUAAAAACAGAAAAGCAUGCAAAGCAUAUCAAAGAAACUGGAGAAACAUCCUUUAGUAGUGAACAAUUAAAAGAAAAAAAUAUUCUAUCACAAUCAGAUAACCCUAAUCAUGAAAUAAAAAAUAUAAAAAAAAUAUUCACCAAUGAUCAAACGGAAACGAAUGUAACGAUACACAAUAUUGAUGAUAAUUUGGAUAAAUAUGAUUAUAUAAAAAAUGAAAAUGCUAAAGAAGAAGAUGAAUGCAGUGAUGAUAAAAAACCUGAACUCUUAUUUAACGAAGACGAAUUAAAUGAAUAUUUAAAUAUAAUAACGAGUGAUAGAGAAAAUUGUAUGGCUCUAUUAAGGGAAAAGAUAUGUAUAAAUAACCAAAUAUCUUAUAUGAUAAAAAAUUAUUAUGAAAAAUUAAAAAAACAAUAUGAUAAACUAUAUAUUGAAAUGGAAAUGAAUGGAGAAACACCUCCUAGUAUAUAUAAUACAAAUAAAAAUAAAAACUAUUAUCCUGAUUUUGAUGAUAAUUUAAACAUAAAUAGCAAUAUAAUCAUUAUGAAUAAUAACACAAGUAGUGGAAGAAACAAAGGUAAUUAUACCAACUCGGCCGUAGGUACAUCAUCUGUUGUUAACUAUACAAAUGAAAAUUAUCAAUAUGAUGCUUACGACUUUGAAUGUACUAAAGAAGAAGAUGAUAAUGAAAUUAUUUUUAAUAAAAUGAAUAGCCGAAAACAUGGUGUUAAAUAUGAUGAGGAUUAUAACCCAUAUAAUAGUGAGAAAAAUAAAAAAAGUAAAAAAGCAAAAAGAAACAAAACCGAUAAUGCACAAUCAAAUAAAUUGACAAAAAAUAAUAGUACAAAAUGUAAUCAAAAUAUUGGGCCAAAUAAAAAUUUCAAUCCCACAGAAAAUAAAACUAAUAAAAUGAGAAUAACAAUUGGAUCUUUGGCAGAUUAUCAUUUGAAAAAUAAUGAAACUCUAAAAAUAAAUAAAGAAAAUAAAACUGACAAAACUGAAAACAACGAUUCAGAAGACUUGCUAUUUAAUGCUGGAAUUACUGCUGAUGAUCAUAUUUCCGAACAGGGCGAUAAAAAUGAUGAAAAUAAAAAUGAAGAAAAUGCCUAUAAAAAGACGAAAAAGUAG